GCUAGAUUCUCACGAAAGGGGCUGAAAGUAACCAUAACGAGCGCAGGAAACACUACAAGCUCGGCUGAAGAAGAUCAUAACUGAAACUGAAGGCGACAUCCCGCUGUCGGUUCGUCCGGUGCUCAGUCCACUUGUUCCAAAUUUGACCACCACGACACGCACGGGCGAUCAGUCUUAAAAGCUUACAUUAUCAAUCCGGCCUGGAUAUUUGUAGAUGGGUGGUGAUGCAGCUCCCAAGUUGGAGAGCAUUGACGGUUGUAGAGGGCCAGAAGCAAAGUGCUCAAAAAGGUCGAGGGCGCGGGUGUCACGUUCGGUUUGCUCCAUGGCACCGACCCAGUCGUCGUAGAAGGACCGAACUCGUUGACGAGGGGGAUUCCUUCCAGUCUGUCUAGGCGACUUUCGGGGAUCACGUUGGAUGUGAGGCCAGUUUUGGAAACCCAGGGGAGACGGCUGGCGAUAAGAUCAGCUUGAAGUCCCUUUCCUGACACUCGCCGAUCUUUACCAGCAAUCUGCACUUUGGUCGGGAAAAUGAACCAAUUAGAAGUGUCCUUAGGAAGGCUUGCAGAAUACCGCGUCUUCUCAGCGGCGUCAACCAUGCUGGAGCAACUCAGUGGUUUGAUGGAGGCAGCCCCGCCACUACCAGUCGUUGUGCUAGCUUGCCUCGGGGUUUACCUCAGUGGCGUGUCAUUAUCCCGACUUUACCUUUCCCCGCUUUCCCGUUUUCCAGGCCCCAAACUUGCAGCGGGCCCCAUCAUCAGGAUCAACCCCUGGGAGCUCCAUGCCAGCGACCCAGUGUUGUUUUCUCAGAUCUACUCAUCUGGUGUCAAGCAUCGUAUCGAGAAAUAUGCCUGGUCUCAGCAAGGGCUGCGUUUGAUUGACAACUCCCACAUUCUGACCGAGUCACAUGAGCUACACAAACUGCGACGAAAGCCUCUUGCGACAUUCUUCUCUUCAAGAAACACCGAUAAUAUGGAGCCGAUUAUUUGGCAGAUCUCACAGUGA